UAUAAAGUUUUAAAAGGAGAAUUAAAGAAAAUUAAACUUAAGAAUUUAUUCGUAUAAAAUAAGAUCAACAGUAGUGUUAAAAAUCAAUUAAAAUUUUAAAAAUAAAAUUAAAGGAUUAUAAUUUAUUAGUUUGACAAAUGUAAAACAAUAAAGAUGAAAAUUCGUCACAAUCAUAUGCUUUAUUUACCGACAACCAUAAUGUUAUUUACUUUAUGGGUUAUUAUUAAGCCAGUUGCAGUAUCAACAACAAAUGGCAAUAGUGGAGGAAGUUCUGGUUCCAGUACAUUUAAUACUGGACGAAGAAAAAAAUCUGGCGGUAGUGAUUCAAUUUUAGAAAUGAUGGACUCAAAAAAAAUAGAAAAAUUUUUUGAAGAGAAACGUUUCAAUAUGAGUUUAGCUGCAUCAAGAUCAUCACCUACAUUAAAUGAAAAUAAUCCGAUUAUAAUUGAAAAUGAUUUAAAUGAAGAAUUUAUAGAAAAUUCCUCACCUUCAUCAUCUUUAUUUCAUCAUAAUCAACAUCAACAUAAACAACGUCAACAUGGAAAUACCGGAAAUAAUGGUGUUAGAAAUGAUAGAUAUAAAAUUCAUAAUAGACGUCGACAACAUUUAAUUGAACGUCAUCAUGAUGAUUUUGAUUACGAUACGACCGCAUAUGAUACAACAGUUGCAAAUAGUCAAAGGAAAAAGCAUCAUAAUUCGGAUAAUUUACAAAUGGAUCAAUUAUUACCAUAUAACGAUACAUUAUUACCAACUGAUUCUACAGUUUCAUUGGAUACAAUAGAUUCAAAACAAUUUUCGGUUGAUCAAAUAUUAAAAACUACCAACGAUGGUGUUUAUUUAACUAAAAAAGAAUUUUUACAAAAAGAUUGGUGUAAAACUGAACCUUUAAUACAAAGAAUACGUGAAUCUGGUUGUAUAUCACGUCCAUUUGUAAAUCAUUUCUGUUAUGGUCAAUGUAAUUCAUUUUUCAUACCAAAAGAACCAAAAGAAACGAAAAGAAGAAAGCAUAAUCGCCGAAAACAUGGUAAUCGAAAUAAUGUUCAUCACAAUAAUAACGGUAAUAACAAUAAUGGUAAUAAUAAUAAUAAUGGUGUUAUUACAAAUAAUAAUAAUAGCACUAAUAGUAAUGGUUCAAUUGUAAGCUCUUUAGCGCAAGCUGGUUAUUUGGAAGAUGAAGAUUUAACAAUACCACAAUUUGAAUCAUGUGGAUUUUGUAAACCAAAGAAAUUUAUUUGGGUAACAAUUACACUUCGUUGUCCAUCAAUGGUACCACAUAUUCGUAAAAAAAGGAUUCAAAAAAUCAAAAGAUGCAGUUGUAUGGCAAUGCCAAUGGAGAAAUAUUAAAUUGAAAAAAAAAACAGAUUUUACGUAAGAAGAGGAUUAAAAAUAAAAAAUGUAUAAAUAUUUUUGUAUAAAAAUAAAUUAAAAUAGCAAGCAAAAGUAGGAAAUGUAUAUGUAUGUAUAAUAUGUACUAUACUCUAUGAUAGUGGAAAAUUAAAAAUGCCGCAAUUUAACAUUAUGUUUGUUUUUAAAUUGUUAACAAUUUUCAAAUGAUAAAUGAGAAAAAUUAAUAAUAUAAUAUGUAUAGAGUAAAAUAUAUAAUAUAUAUAUGUAUAUAAGUAGAGAAAGGUUCACAAAAAUUUUAAUAUCUUAACCUGAAUUCCGAAUAAUUUAUUUUUAUAAAAUACCAUUUUAAAAACAAAAUUAAAAAAGUCUGUAAAAGCGCUGACAAAUAUUUGGAUUUUAUACUUGAAGUUGUACAGAUAUUCUAUUACUAGUCGGAAUCAAAUUUUAACAAGAACUCAAAAUAGCCACUUAAAUUACAAUUACAAUAAAUUGCAAUUUUUUAGAAAAAUUUUUAAACGAGACUAAACUUAAAUUCAACAAAGGAGAAAAAAAAUUAAAUUUGAAUUUUUUCGGGCUCGGUCAUUUGGAAAAAAAAGUACCGGAACGUUCUUUUGCAAAAAUUUCGUAAAAAUAAUUAGUUGUUUAUCAUUUUACAAAAAAAUUACCGCAAGUAUACAUUAUGUCAACAGCUUGUGCUUUUUGGCACAAAUUUUUUUUUGUAAAAAUUAAAAAGAAACUUAAAAAAGAAGAAAAAUAUUUUAUGAUAUUUUACAUUAAAUUCAUUUCCAUUCAAUUUCAACUUUAUUUUGAAUUAGAACAAUUUGUAA